CAGUUGUCGCGUUCGGCAGCAGAUCGGAACUAUUAUUUGGAUCCUAUACGCAAGGCGAAGAAUUUACUGGUACUGUCCACUUCGAGCACGCGUUUCCAUUGGAUUUAAAUUAGAUUUACUGAAAUGUUGCCCUUUCGAUGGGGCUUACUGAUUGGCGUGGUGCUUCUCAUAGCAUACACAAAUGGAGCGGCAAUAGAUCAAUCAUCUGUUGACGAUGAUGCUGAGCUGACUCCCCUGACUGAUUUAGAGAGAACUAAAAGAAGCUUUAACCGAGGACAAACACAGUCUCAGUACUUAAAUUUCGGCAAACCCGAACAGGAUGGCAAGGCAGAGGCGGAGGCAAAUGAAAAUGGCUCACGAUCUCACGUUUCUGGUACUCAUGGCAUGGGUCAAGCACAGAGUCAAUUUUCGUCAGGAGAUUGCAGAGACUGUGCUGGUGCCGGGCUAGGUGGUCAGCCCGGCCUCAUCGGUAGACCCGAUGCUAUAAUAAGCCUUCCUGCAACACAACAAGGCGGAGGUAGUCAGCCCGGAUAUGGAAGUCAAGGAGGAAUUGGCGGGCAACCCGGUGUCGGUGGUCAACCCGGAUUUAAUAAUCGUCAGCCAGGUGCUGGAACUCAACCAAGUGGAGGAUUUAUCGGCGGUCAGCCAGGGUACGGAACUCAACAAGUUUCCGACGGACAGAUUGGUGGUCAUCCAGGAACUAGUGGUACCCAGCCCGGACACGGAUCUGAAGGCCAACCCGGAACUCAACAACGAGUUGGAGGGCAGCCUGGAUAUGGAACUCAAGGAGGGAUUGGGGGACAACCAGGAGGCCAGCCUGGCUAUGGAAGCCAACCAGGAGUUGGUGGGCCGUCUGGAACAGGACGCGGAGGACAGCCUAGCCAUGGAACUCAAGAAGGAAUUCAUACACAACCAGGAAGUGCAGGUGGUCAGCCAGGGGUAGGAGGACAGCCUGGAGCUGAAGGAACCGGCAGUCAGCCCGGCUACGGCACCCAACAAGGAGUUGUUGGACAGCCUGGUUAUGGAACUCAGGGUGGACAACCAGGAAGUGGAGGUGGUCAGCCAGGAACUCAGUCGGGAGUUGGUGUUACCGGCAGUCAACCCGGUUAUGGAACUCAGACUGGUUCUCUCGUUGGUCAGCCUGGCUACGGUACUCAACAAGGAGUUGGAGGACAGCCUGGUUAUGGAGCUCAGGGUGGUCAACCAGGAAGCGGAGGUAGUCAGCCAGGUUACGGAACUCAGUCGGGAGUAGGAGGACAGUCUGGAAUUGGAGCACCCGGUAGUCAGCCCGGCUAUGGAUCUCAACCUGGAUCUGGCGUAGGUCAACCUGGAUCUGUCGUGGGUCAACCUGGAUCUGGUGUGGCUCAACCUGGCUAUGGUACGCAACAAGGGUAUGGAACUCAGCCCAGCUACGGAACUCAUCAAGGAAUUACAGGACAGCCCGGAUUUGGAGGAAAUCCGCCAGGCUAUGGCGUUGGCGGCAGCCAACUUGGAUACGGAACUCAGCCUGGUCAGUCUGGAUACACCACUCAACCUGGAUAUGGAACUCAGCCUGGUGGCGGACAGCCUGGAAUUGGCGGAGGUCAACCUGGAGCAGGUGCAGGUUUGCCUGGCUAUGGAACUCAAACCGGAACAGGUGGACAGCCUGGCUAUGGAACUCAGCCAGGUGUUGGCGGACAACCUGGAAUUGGCGGAGGCCAACCUGGAGCAGGUGCAGGUUUGCCUGGCUAUGGAACUCAAACCGGAACAGGUGGACAGCCUGGCUAUAUAUCGCAACCUGGAGUUGGCGGAGGUCAACCUGGAUCUGGUGCAGGUCAGCCUGGCUACGGAACUCACACCGGAAUAGGUGGACAGCCUGGCUAUGGAGCUCAGCCAGGUGUUGUCGGACAACCUGGAAUUGGUGGAGGCCAGCCAGGAGCAGGUGCAGGUCAGCCUGGUUACGGAAGUCAAACCGGAAUAGGUGGACAGCCUGGCUAUGGAGCUCAGCCAGGUUUUGGCGGACAACCUGGAAUUGGCGGAGGUCAACCUGGAAUAGGUGCAGGUCAGCCUUCGUACGGAACUCAAACCGGAAGAGGCGGACAACCUGGCUAUGGAAUUCAACCUGGAACUGGUGCUGGUCAGCCUGUCUAUGGAACUCAAGCCGGAACAGGAGGACAACCUGUCUAUGGAACUCAGCCAGGUGUUGGCGGACAACCUGGAAUUGGUGGAGUUCAGCCAGGAGCAGGUGCAGGCCAGCCUGGCUACGGAAGUCAAACCGGAAUAGGUGGACAGCCUGGAUAUGGAACUCAGCCUGGUGUUGGUGGACAGCCUGGAAUUGGCGGAGUCCAGCCAGGAGCAGGUGCAGGUCAGCCUGGCUACGGAAGUCAAACCGGAAUAGGUGGACAGCCUAGAUAUGGAACUCAGCCUGGUGUUGGUGGACAACCUGGUGUUGGCGGAGGCCAGCCAGGAGCUGCGUACGGAACUCAACCCGGAAUAGGUGGACAGCCUGGCUAUGGAACUCAGCCAGGUGUUGGUGGACAACCUAGUGUUGGUGGAGGUCAACCUGGAACUUCUGCUGGUCAGCCUGGCUACGGAAGUCAAACCGGAAUAGGUGGACAGCCUGGCUAUGGAUCUCAGCCAGGUGUUGGCGGACAGCCUGGAAUUGGCGGAGUCCAGCCAGGAGCAGGUGCAGGUCAGCCUGGCUACGGAAGUCAAACCGGAAUAGGUGGACAGCCUGGAUAUGGAACUCAGCCUGGUGUUGGUGGACAACCUGGUGUUGGCGGAGGCCAGCCAGGAGCUGCGUACGGAACUCAACCCGGAAUAGGUGGACAGCCUGGCUAUGGAACUCAGCCUGGUGUUGAUGGACAACCUGGUGUUGGCGGAGGUCAACCUGGAACUGCUGCUGGUCAGCCUGGCUACGGAAGUCAAACCGGAAUAGGUGGACGGCCUAGCUAUGGAUCUCAGCCAGGUGUUGGCGGACAGCCUGGAAUUGGCGGAGUCCAGCCAGGAGCAGGUGCAGGUCAGCCUGGCUACGGAAGUCAAACCGGAAUAGGUGGACAGCCUGGCUAUGGAACUCAGCCUGGUGUUGGUGGACAACCUGGUGUUGGCGGAGGCCAGCCAGGUGCUGCGUACGGAACUCAACCCGGAAUAGGUGGACAGCCUGGCUAUGGAACUCAGCCAGGUGUUGGUGGACAGCCUGGAAUUGGCGGAGGUCAACCUGGAACUGCUGCAGGUCAGCCUGGCUACGGAAGUCAAACUGGAAUAGGUGGACGGCCAGGCUAUGGAACUCAGCCAGGUGUUGGCGGACAGCCUGGAAUUGGCGGAGGUCAACCUGGAACUGCUGCAGGUCAGCCUGGCUACGGAAGUCAACCCGGAAUAGGUGGACAGCCAGGCUAUGGAACUCAGCCAGGUGUUGGUGGACAACCUGGUGUUGGCGGAGGCCAGCCAGGAGCUGCGUACGGAACUCAACCCGGAAUAGGUGGACAGCCUGGCUAUGGAACUCAGCCUGGUGUUGGUGGACAACCUGGUGUUGGCGGAGGCCAGCCAGGUGCUGCGUACGGAACUCAACCCGGAAUAGGUGGACAGCCUGGCUAUGGAACUCAGCCAGGUGUUGGUGGACAGCCUGGAAUUGGCGGAGGUCAACCUGGAACUGCUGCAGGUCAGCCUGGCUACGGAAGUCAAACUGGAAUAGGUGGACGGCCAGGCUAUGGAACUCAGCCAGGUGUUGGCGGACAGCCUGGAAUUGGCGGAGGUCAACCUGGAACUGCUGCAGGUCAGCCUGGCUACGGAAGUCAACCCGGAAUAGGUGGACAGCCAGGCUAUGGAACUCAGCCAGGUGUUGGCGGACAGCCUGGAAUUGGCGGAGGUCAACCUGGAACUGCUGCAGGUCAGCCUGGCUACGGAAGUCAACCCGGAAUAGGUGGACAGCCAGGCUAUGGAACUCAGCCAGGUGUUGGCGGACAGCCUGGAAUUGGCGGAGGCCAGCCAGGAGCUGGUGCAGGUCAGCCUGGGUACGGAUCUCAACCAGGAGUUGGUGGACAGCCUGGAAUUAUCGGAGGCCAACCCGGAAGUUCUGUGGGUCAGCCGGGCUAUGGAGCUCAAACAGGAAUUGGAGGACAGCCUGGCUAUGGAAGUCAACCGGGACAGCAUUACACUCAAACUGGAAUUAGCGGAGGACAGCCUGUUAUCGGCGGUAGUCAACUUGCUGCACCUGGUCGCUAUACAACUGGCCCUGGAAUCGGCCUUAAUACUGGCAGUGUUGUUGGUGUCCCAGUCGGUACUGGUACUGGCACUGUUGGAGGAACAGCUCUUCUUCCUGGUGGAGGUAUUGGCGUCCCUAGCACUGGUGGAGUUGAUGAUGCUUUCUCGCAGGCUGAGUCUGCCAUUGGUGACGGCCAAGCAUCGGCUAGUGCCCAAGGCAAGAAGAAUGGAGGUACAGCAAAGACGCAAGUCUCUGGCACCUAUAGUACGGGCAGUUCUUUCAGUGCAAGCGCGAUGACCUCUGAUGCGGAUCGUGCAGCAAGUGCACAAGUAACAGGCAACGCUGAUGGUGCCAUGAGUCAGUCUCAAGGCUCUGGUGGUCCUUCCCAAUCUCAAGCUCAAGUCCAACUUAACGGAAAGGACGGCGGUACCAAGGCCUCAUCACAAAGUGGUGGUAUCAUACACCAAAGCCAGAGCGAAGUCCAAGCAAAUGAUAAGGGUGGCUUAGCCGAUGCACAAUCUAGCGGGCCCGGUCAGACAUCAUCUCAAGCUCAGAUCGGCUUCCGACCUGGUCAGGAUAACAAUUCUGCAGCUACGUCAGGAGGUGGACAAGCCUCGGCCCAAUCGGGCAGCCACUCUGGCCAGAGUCAGUCGCAAAUACACGGCACAUCCAGCUUUGGUGUAUCCUAUCACGGCGCUGCACAAUCUGCGUCUGGUACGAAGGAGCAGGUGGCCACAUAUCGAGAACAGAACAGAGAGCUAUUUAACACAAUCAGUCAAUUUGGCAGCACUGGAAAUGCAGUUACCGAUCGCGUUGACACCGUCUAUAGCGGUCCAUCUCUCGCUUCGGAAUCAGAUAAAAUACCGGAACUUCAGCUAAAAUCCACAUCGACUAGCAAGGAGAACAAGGCCGACAGCGAUAAGCUCAAUCAGCCUGAAACCCCAAGAGAAGAAGACGGAGAAGUGGAGGAGGAUGAGGAACCCUAUGAUGAAUACGACGAAGAUGAGUACUACAAUGAGAAGCCCGUCAAACUAGAAGACAGUCCUGCAUCAGCUAGUCAAAUCAAAGUACAAGAGACAAGUGCAGUAGCACCAGCACAGACUUAUACACAGUCAUCAACCACUCAAAAACAGCAGGCGGUAGUGGUCAAUCCCAUCGCAGACCAAUACAAAGUGGUUCAGAACCAGAACGGUCGCGUCAAUACCUAUCCGGUGCGCACCGGUACCACCGAAACUGUGCCCAGCGGUUUCCGCGGCACAGUAAAUGUGGAAAAGAAGUUCCACACGAAAGCAUUGGAGCUGCACAACACUGAAGACAAGAAAGUACACAUCAGUGCCGAGGAUGAUGAUACCAAAUCAUCUAAAGCUGACGCGCCCAAGCCUCGUGCACCAGAUAGCUAUGUGACAGUCACCAAGUCCGUGACUGGUAGCAUGGACAAUUCAAAGAACCCACCACAGGAGAACAAAAACUUCCAGUCCACAUACUACACAAAGUCGUCGACAUGCGGCUACUUUACCUUCUCCUGCAACAUUGUCUAUGGCGCCAAUGGACGCAGUAAAAUCUGCCGCCCCAAGGCGCCAUCAAAUGGCAAGUGCUAGUGGCAUUCCCAACAGAAUAUAGAUCAGAACAUAAACAGUUUACUACUAACCUAUACUUGUAUUUUCCGCACUUUCAUUAAGCAUUUAAGUUUUUGCUAAUUUAAGAGUUUUACUGCCAUUUUACUACUCGUGCACAAACUGAAUUUGUAAUUAAUAUUUAAUACGGAAUAAAGAACACACAUUGUCGUGAAACUUUUGUCACAA